GAGAACCCCAUCAACCUCAGCGCCUCAGUCACGGGGUUGCUGACGGCCGGUACACACCUUGCAAAUCUCAUCAAGCGCUUGACCAACCCGCCGCAUGCCUUAAAAGAGAUCGAAUCAGAGCUCCCUACCCUUCGAAUUAUUAUCUCUGCCCUCGGAAAAUUCGUGGAACGGACCAAGGAUGUCAGCGCUACUCGCGCAAGCCUGAUCCCGCUCCAGGAUGUGAUCGUGAUUUUCACUCAAAUCGUUCUCGUUCAUACGGAGCUUGAAGGAUUCGUCAAGACUCGAUCGAGUAACAGCUCGCUUACUCCACAAACGACAGAAAUCUUUGAUCAAGAUGACUUGGUUGCAGAGCGCCUGUUAAGACAGGUGCAGAGGCACAAACAUUCUCUGUCCCUCGUUCUGGACAUUAUUCGAUGGUAA